CUCUCUCCCACUCAAGUAAGCGACGUUCAUUCAUCUCAUUGAUGCAUGUCCAGGAGGGUGCAUUCAUCUCAUUCGUUUGUUUCGUCACACGGAUGCGAUGCGCCGGCAGCUGCGGUCACGGGCUGCACGAAGCGCGAUGGCGGGUGUUGAGCGGAUGGAGGCAGCUGCAGCAGCCAUGGAGAGCGAGUCCGACGACCCAGACAUGUCAGAGAUGUCAGACGAUGAGCCGCAGGUCUGCAUGGAUCACAGCAGCACGGGAGAUGGAUGCACAACCGCCGCCUUCAAGCCAUUCUGUGGCUGGCCAUCUGUGUGUCGGUGCAGGCCAAGAGCCAUCGGGUGGCUGCCAAGGGCGAGGUUGACCUCGAGGCCUUCUUCAGAGUCGCCACCGUACGCAACCUCCUCAACACUCAUCUCAUGCUGGCCAGUGACAAACGCAUUGCCUUUUGCAGCCUGUGAUCCUCGCCCUUGUGCUGGCCUUCGUCCCUCUGCGGCUGCUGAUACGCUUGCCCCGGCGCAUUUGGCAGCACAUCGCCCCGCAGUACACCCACCUGCUCAUCGACGGCCACGACCGAGACGACGAGCGGUUCUGGGGACGAAUGCCCUCACAUGUCGCUCGGCUCUGGGGCUGUCGGCUGAUGCACCUGACGUCAGUCACGCUGCGGCAGCCUCUCGGGCGAUAUACAUAUAAAAGGGGUUGGGGCAUCGGCGCGCUGAUAUCCAUCCUGGACGGCCACUCAUCGGCCA